UGCUCAGGAUUUAUUUGCACAGUGGUUUAAUAAUAAGAACCAUUACAACGUAUAAUUAUCACACAGGGAGAAAAAACCUGUUGUUUCUAGUUGCAGUUGGUUGCAGCAAUGGCCAGCCAUGCAGCUCUCGCCGCGGCGAGAAUCCCCUCGAACACCUCCGGCUUUCACGCGAAAGCCGCCCCCGGCCACCACUCCUCCCCUUUCUUUGCCAGGAGGCUUGAAGUUGCAGAAUUCUCGGGGCUGAGGUCGAGCGCGUGCGACACCUUCGCGACGAACGGGAGGGAGGCAUCCUUCUCUGAUGCCUUGGCUGCGCAAUUGGCCUCCAGGACCACGGGAGCGAGCCCCGUAAGAGGGGAGACAGUCGCGAAGCUCAAGGUGGCGAUCAACGGAUUCGGGAGGAUCGGCAGGAACUUCCUCCGCUGCUGGCACGGCCGGAAGAACUCCCCUCUCGAAGUUGUCGUCGUGAACGACAGCAGUGGUGUUAAGAAUGCAUCACACCUUCUCAAGUAUGAUUCGAUGCUCGGGAUCUUCAAGGCCGACGUGAAAGUUGUAGACAGCGAAACCAUUUCUGUCGACGGCAAGCCUAUCAAGGUCGUGUCGAACCGCGACCCUCUUAAGCUGCCGUGGGCAGAGAUGGGCAUAGAUAUUGUUAUUGAGGGUACUGGUGUGUUUGUCGACGGCCCGGGUGCGGGAAAACACAUUCAAGCCGGCGCCAAGAAGGUUAUCAUUACCGCGCCGGCUAAGGGGGCUGAUAUUCCAACCUAUGUUGUGGGUGUUAAUGAAGGUGAUUACGACCAUGAGGUUUCAAACAUAAUCAGUAAUGCAUCUUGCACCACAAACUGUUUGGCUCCUUUUGUGAAGGUUAUGGAUGAAGAACUUGGGAUUGUGAAGGGAACAAUGACAACAACUCACUCAUACACUGGGGAUCAGAGGCUGCUGGACGCGUCGCACCGGGACCUCCGGCGGGCACGGGCGGCGGCACUGAACAUCGUGCCGACGAGCACGGGUGCGGCGAAGGCGGUGUCGCUGGUGCUCCCGAAGCUGAAGGGGAAGCUCAACGGGAUCGCACUCCGCGUGCCGACCCCGAACGUCUCGGCCGUUGACCUGGUGGUCAAUGUGGAGAAGAAGGGCCUCACCGCCGAGGACGUCAAUGCGGCAUUCCGCAAGGCGGCGGAGGGCCCGCUGAACGGAAUUCUAGCCGUGUGCGACGUGCCAUUGGUGUCGGUGGACUUCCGGUGCACCGACGUGUCGUCCACCAUCGACUCCUCGCUCACCAUGGUCAUGGGCGACGACAUGGUCAAGGUGGUCGCGUGGUACGACAACGAGUGGGGAUACAGCCAACGCGUGGUCGAUCUGGCGCAUCUGGUGGCUGCCAAGUGGCCUGGCUUGCCAGCGCAGGACAGCAGCGAUCCCCUAGAAGACUUCUGCAAGACAAACCCGGAGACCGUCGAAUGCAAAGUUUACGAAGCAUAAGAUUUUAGUUCCACACUUUGAGCAGAAUCGUUGUUCUGAUAAUUUUCUUUCAGAAUGAAACAAUUCGCGCAAAGAAUCGUCAUCUUUUGUCAAGUUGAAAGACGGUGAAUUUGAUACUGUUGCGACCAUACUUUUGCUGUUUAAGAUUUGUUUGAGAGUUCAUGGUUGAUAUGAGUCGCAAGUAAGGCAAAUUUCUGAGCAUGAAUUUGGGUGAAUAUUGUCAAAGACUCUAAAACAUUAAACAGGAAUUCGAUACAGCGAAAACAUUUGCUA